AUCGAGCGAAUGCGUGUGAAUAUGGAGCGUUGUGAAAAUUCUUCAAAUUAAUAAAUAAAUUGUACGAAAAACGCGAACAAUUUUUAUAUAUUAAUAAUAACGCGCGUAGUGUGUGUAAUAUUUCAAAUUUUGUAAGAAGAAAGCUUUUGCCUAUGCGGUGGUGUCAUUUUAGAAUUUCUAAUAGUGCUGUCAGCUGCAAGGUGUAGCGACACGGUUGAAGAAAAAUUCGCUGUUGGUUGCCUAGCGCAUAUACGUGAAGGAAACUUCGUCCGUGGUCAUUUUCAAGGAGAAACAGCAAAUCCAGCUAUGUGAAAUUCCGACAUAUAUUCACAAAUAUGUUUUUAUAGUUUUAUAUCUUAAGAAUCGUUGCCAAUUGAUUUGGUUUAAGGGCAUAGUUAGACAAUGGCAGGCGUAGACGUGAGUUAAACAGUUGGAAAAUUCAAUAAGCAAACGGAAAAAAAAUGAAAAUUGGAAGUGCAUCAUUUGCCAUGUUUCGCAAGGGCAAUGUGCGGCAAUGGCAUAUUGCUUGAAGUGUAACGUGUAGUUGAAACGAAAGUAGUGCAAAGUGUAGAAUUUAAAAAGCUGAAUUCAAAUACAAAAUAAAAGCAUUAAAUAUAUAAUAUACAAAAAGUCAAGCAGAAAAAAAAAGGCGACAACCAGCGAUUGACGUACGAGAAUUGUUAAAUAGCCGUCCGGUGAGCGCCGGACCACAAAGUGGUGUGCAUAAUUUUAUAAACGGCGGGGUGAAGUGCAAUCCGGUUAGUCGAAAAAAGUUUGUGUAUAUAAAAAAUAUAAAAAAUUUUCCAAUGUUAAAUUUGUAAAAACGUAAAGAUUUUUAUACAAAAAGUAAACAAAUUACAAAUAAAUUGAUCUACUAAUAAAGAGAUCAAAAAGUGUGUAUGCAGCUCUUCCUAAAUGAAAUUUUCUCUCCUUUAUAUUAACUCAUCCAAAAAAUUUUCUGGCAUAAUUUAAGCACCAUCUAAACAAAUCACAUUGGAAAGCGCCGUCUUUAGCUUUGUUAUUGUGUCUAAAGUGUUUUUACUAGCGUAUAUUUAUAUGCCACCUUGCGCUUCCAAUUUUUCUACUGCAACAAUUGCCGCUUUACUUAAAAUCAACAGCUGUUACCUCAUAACUCCUCUAUAAUUUCAAUCAAAGUAAAACGGGUGGGGAAAAAUAAUAAUUCUAUUAGUUUAGUAACAGAAUGCCCAAAUGCGACAUGAAGACUCGCUACAUUCCUGCUACAUUUGCCUGGAUCCUAUUGCUGUCCACGACGUUUCUUUUCUUUUUCUAUCCCUGCCAAUACUAUUUGAAAAGCCAUCUAUGGGUACCGGCAUAUCAGGGUGUCAUCACAUUUUUCGUUUUGGCCAAUUUCUCAUUAGCGACAUUCAUGGACCCCGGUGUCAUACCAAAAGCAUCGCCAGAUGAGGACCGGGAGGAGGAGUUUCGUGCACCGCUUUAUAAAAAUGCCGAAAUCAAUGGCAUCACCGUCAAGAUGAAAUGGUGUGUGACUUGUAAAUUCUAUCGUCCGCCACGCUGUUCACAUUGUUCCGUAUGCAAUCAUUGCAUAGAGACAUUCGAUCAUCAUUGCCCUUGGGUGAACAAUUGCAUUGGACGUCGCAAUUAUCGUUUCUUCUUCUUCUUUUUAGUUUCACUGUCCAUACACAUGCUGAGCAUAUUUUCAUUAUGCUUAUUUUAUAUAUUGAAGAUAACGCCAAACAUCAGGGAAACAUCGCCCAUAGUAGCUAUGGUGUUGAUGGCUAUAGUUAUAAUCCUAGCGAUUCCGAUUUUCGGGCUUACCGGUUUUCAUAUGGUGCUCGUAUCACGUGGGCGCACAACAAACGAACAGGUCACUGGCAAAUUCAAAGGUGGAUAUAAUCCAUUCUCACGUGGCUGCUGGCAUAAUUGCUGUUACACCCAGUGUGGACCACAAUAUCCAAGUCUUCUUAAGCCAGAAAAGUAUGCCGCUCGUCGCUCACACAAGGACGGUCAGGGUAUUAGUGUUAUCACCACCGAACGGCGGACGAAUCAACAGGGCAGCAGUAUGCGGGGCAACAACACAUCCGGCAAUGUGCCACGUUCACCACGCGAAACGCUGAAAAACUAUUACGAUAGGGACAAUCGACACACUCAGGUAAAGACUUAUACGGACCAGGGCAAUGGUUAUAAUCAACGGUCGGGCAGCACAACGCUUUAUAGUAAGCUGUCGCCUGGACGUGAAUGUUCAGACACCGAUAUGGAGCCGCAGGCAUCGCAGAGUCAAGAUUGUGAGCCCACACCGCCACUGCAACGACACAAUUCGACAAAUUUCUACUUGCCCCAAGUGGAGGCAGGCGUGAGCAAUAUGAAUAACGGUGGCAUAGCGACCGGUGCGGGCAUGAUGCCUAACGCUGGUGGAAGUGGCGGCGGCGUCGUAGGCGCUGGUGGUGGUGGUGGUGGCGAUUCACCACGUCAUAUGCGCAUGUAUCAUCCGCGACACAGUCCACUAGCGCGUCAGCGCGGUUUGGAGCCACAACGCGGCUAUAAUCCCGCCGAUCCAUUGUCGCCCGAUCAUCCUGCUCAUCCGAGCAAUCAGGGCGCACAGCAACAACAACGCAGUGGGACAACUGCAACGCCCACAAUGCAGCAACGAAUAAAACCGUUGGGUGUGGCAACACCACUGGUGAUGGCAAGUCCCGUCAGAAGAUCCAAUCCUGGCACGCCCACCCAACCAAGACGACCCGACUUCAUUGGUCUGAAUACACAGCAGCAGCAGCAACAACAACAG